CUUGAUGAAGAAAAAGAGAAAAUUAAUCUAUGCUUUUUUAAGUUCACAAUAAUAUGGUGUCACUUAGUUUCAAUAUUCAGCUUGUACUUGUAAUUGCUUUGCUCCUUCUACAGCAAAUACAACACACUUCAGCUAAUGCUCUGUUUGGAAAGCUAAGGAAGAAAGAGUGGCUAAAAUUUACCUCUAUGCAAAAUGAUCAUGAUUCUCAUGUAGAUGAUAUCAUUGCAUCUGCUGCAGGAAUUAGAAAAAUGCUAGUGUAUCAAUUUUCAGUGAAAGGAGAUGCUGGAUUUGAUUCAAUGAAAACCUCUCACAUGAAUGCUCAGGUCUAUAGCCAAAUAUUCGAGAAGAAUCAUGAGAGAGGUAAGAAAGAAGAAUCAAAGGAGUUUGUUGAUGUAGAAGAUGAAAUAGCAAAGCUUCUGACCAAAGACUAUAUUGGAAGAAGGAAGCCUCGCCGCAGCAAACCACCCAUCAAUAAUCACAAGCCUACGGACUAAUUAAAACGGGUGAUUUAUAAGAAUAGUCCUGAAGGUAGGUGAUCUUGAACUUUUCUCUCACUUACCUCAAGGGCAAAACUUCAAGCUUAACAACUUUUAACCUUGAAGGUUCGUCUAUGAACCAAGUGGGGGUCAAAAAUUCAAUAUCGUCCAUUUUCAAGAUCAUUAGGUGUAAUUUCUUGAAUUAAAACCUUAGUAGUAGUAACUAGUACAAGUAGUGUUCAGAUUUGGGCCUCACAAUUUUGCCCCCUACUAGUGAAGGCCCAAAAAUCAUGUUUGUUAUUGUACAUUUGUUUCCUUUCUUUCUUUAUAGUUUAUAUAUAUUACUCUUAUCAAAUUCCGUUU